ACUAAUGAAAAGACUUCAGGAGCCAGAGAGGGAACGGUGACCUUCCCAAAGCUUCUUAAAGGCACCACUGCUUACCCGUUUGAGCAACGUUCAAAGAACUGCAUAAUACAGGUUCUACACCUGACCAUGGAAAGGCUGGCUAUUUGUCUGCUCAUUAUAAGCACAUCUGUAAAGGCCAUGAUGUGCCCCAAGAGAUGUUCCUGCCAGAAUGUCUCUCCGUCCUUCACCAUCCUCUGUACCAAGACAGGCCUUCUAUUUGUUCCCCCCACUAUUGACAGGAGGACAGCAGAGCUCAGGCUCAUGGACAAUUUCAUAACCACCCUUAGAAGAAAAGACUUUGCUAACAUGACAGACCUCAUUCACUUAACGCUCUCCCGAAAUACCAUUAGUCAAGUCAUGUCUUACGCAUUCUUCGACUUAAAAGGACUCCACGCCUUACAUCUGGACAGCAACCGGUUAACUAUCAUCAACGAAGAACAUUUUAAAGGAUUAAUCAAUCUUAGACAUUUGAUACUGAGCAACAAUCAGCUCCACUACAUUGCCCAGGGAUCAUUCGAUGACUUUAUUGACACGUUGGAAGACUUGGAUUUGUCUUACAACAAUCUGGUAGACAUCCCAUGGGAGACCAUCGGAAGGCUUACAACUGUUAAUACAGUAGGAUUAGAUCACAAUCUCAUCGAAUAUGUUCCUGAGGGAAUCUUCUCCAACCUUCAUAAACUGGCCAGGUUAGAUAUGACCUCCAACAAACUAAAAAAGAUCCCACCAGACCCUUUAUUUUCUAGGAUCCCUGUAUAUGCCAAAUCUAAAGGUUCCCCCUUAAGUUCAUUGGUCCUUGGCUUUGGUGGAAAUCCCUUACACUGCAACUGUGAAUUAAUGUGGCUGAGACGGCUAACCAGAGAGGAUGAUUUGGAAACCUGUGCCUCCCCGGCAGAGUUAAUGGGCAAAUAUUUCUGGUCUAUCAAAGAAGAAGAAUUUGUUUGUGAACCUCCUAUGAUAAUUCAUCGAACUUCCAGGCUAGAGGUGAUGGAAGGUAAAAGUGUCUCCUUAAAGUGCAAAGCGGUGGGUGAUCCUGAUCCAUACGUUAGGUGGAUAUUUCCAGAUGGGAAACUGGUAUCUAAUACAACCAGGACUAUGUCGUACGAGAAUGGGACUUUGGAUAUUUUCACCACACGUUAUACUGAUCGUGGGAGUUUUACUUGCAUUGCAUCCAAUGCUGCGGGAGAAACUACAGCAAACGUGGAACUUGUAGUCAACCAGUUCCCUAAUCUUGCUAACAGCACCAGCUAUGAUAAGGAAACUGAGUCAGGACUUUCUGAUAUACUGACGCCUGCCAAGUCUAGCAUACCUUCCAACGAAACAAAAUCUCUGCAUGAUAGGAAGGUUGUGGUUGCAGAGUUGACCUCAUCCUCGGCACUCAUCCAAUGGCCUCCCCAGAGUCACAUCCCAGGAAUAAGGAUGUACCAGAUUCAGUACAACAGCUCAUUAGACGACAUCCUCAUUUACAGAAUGAUCCCAUCUUCAAGCAAGUCAUUUUUCCUGAGUGACCUGGUGUCCUCCCGCAUUUAUGACUUAUGCGUCCUGGCCGUUUACGACGAUGGAAUAACCUCACUAACUGCGACCAAAGUGAUUGGAUGUGUACAAUUUACAACCGAACAGGAAUAUAAACAAUGCCGAUCGCUCCAUGCCCAGUUUCUUGGUGGAACCAUGAUCAUCAUCAUAGGUGGCAUCAUAGUGGCCUCCGUCCUGGUCUUCAUCUUUAUUUUGUUAAUGAAAUACAAAGUCUAUAAUAAUCACCCAAAAUCUAAGCCAGCUAAGGUCACCAAUGUGUGCUCCCAAACUAACGGUAGCCAGAGUGGGACAAUGGGACGCUCCUCUUCUAAGCUCAACGAGAGGAGAGACAGUAUUAUGCAGGACAUCUCAGGAACAUCCAUCAAAAGCAAAACCAUAGUUGACUUCACCGAAGAUGGUGAAAAAGUGACUGUACCUGAUACUACCUUUAUAACAAAUGACGUCCUGUCUCACUAGCAGAACAUUAGACCUAGACCACAAAUUGUAUGCACCUCUUAUAACGGACUAUCCACCGAGAAUUGGACAUUGUGGUAUGGUGAAGAACAUUUUCAUGCAAGGAGUCGUAUCGACGGCUUCACACCUAUUGUCUAUUUUUAAGACCAGAUGGUUACAACGAAAAAGCUAUUUUUUUAUUAUGUAAAUAG